AUGGCCAUGGCAGUCGACAACCGACAACAGCAUCAGGUGAACGGCCUGGGCUUUGACACGAUGCGCUUCCCCGGCCCUCAAUUCACCAACCCGUGGGUGUCCGCCGCGACGGCGCCGCCGCAACUGUACCCUACCACUCUUGGCUCCACGCCCGCCAUGGCGACCACCACCUCGGCGCCCGUCCGCCCGACCACUGUCUCCCUGCCCUACUCCAGCGUCCCCGUCAGCGCGCCUUCUCUCGGAGCAGGUACUUGUCUCUCAGAUGGAAUGUACGAACAGCAAAACUCACUUGGCAUGUCGCAAGAUCUCAUGAACACCUCGAGGCCGUAUGGGGCCACCUACGCUGCUUCCGCCUCUCCCACUGCUCCCUCGUACGCGCCCACCUCGGCGCCGCAGUACUCGAUGGACUACAACAGGGCAGCCGCCCCCGCAUACAACUACCAGCAAGACAUGGCCCGCCGGCCCUCGCAGCCGUUAGUACCCUCCUCCGCCACCGCCGACUACCGCCAGAGCUCCCUGGCUGACCAUUUGAGCAGGAUGAACGCAGAGCAGCAGCGCAGCAGCUUCAACGACGCACUCGACGCCAGCCGGGGCAUGGUCGCCAUGAGCCAGGACAUCACCCCCCGGAAUAUCUACGGCAACCAGAACCCGCGCUCCUCGACCGAUUCCUACGGCUUCCCCGCCACCCACUCUGCACACUCUUCAAUCUCCUCCGCCAGCACCUACCCGUCUUACUACAACGGCUCCGUCAGCUCCGUUGCCGACUCCUCCGUGACCGACUACAGCUCCGCUUCCGAGUCUGUUGGCGACAUGUCGUCGAGGACGCUCCCCAGGCCCUCCGCCCUGGUCGGCACCAACCUGCCCCCGGCACCGCAGUCGAUGAUGGGCCAGUUCAGCUCCAAGGUCUCGUCGAGUUCGCAGAAGAAGCACAAGUGCAAAGUUUGCGAUAAGCGAUUCACGCGCCCAAGCUCCCUGCAGACCCACAUGUACAGUCACACGGGCGAAAAGCCAUUCGCUUGCGAGGUCGAGGGCUGUGGUCGCCAUUUCUCCGUCGUUUCGAACCUGAGGAGACACAGGAAGGUCCACAAGGGCGAGCGCGACCAGCCGUCUCCCGAGGAGAACUGA